AUGGCUUUUGUACGCGACGCCGUCACCAAGGCGAUCCUGCGCGCGCUGCGCAAGUACCUCGUUCACGUCGAGCAAGAGAGCGUCUCACUGGGGCUCUGGGCUGGCGACCUGACCCUCGAAGAUGUGGAGCUCAAGACGACUGCCUUCCACUCGGCCGAGAGUUCCAUGACGCUCGUACAUGGCGCCAUUCGCAGCAUUCGCAUUCAGGUACCCUGGACAUCGUUUUGGCGCGAGCCCGUCCAAGUCAAAAUCACCGGCGUCGAAGUCGAAGUCGAGUCGAAAACAUACCACGACGUACAAGCCGAGCUCGACGAAAAGAACCGCAAGGUCCAGGAGCUGCAUGCGAACGGCGCAACGACCUCGUCGUGGUCGUCCUGGAUGGUCGGGGGUCUCUCGAGCUCGCUCCUCGACCGCAUACUCAAGAACGUUGCCGUCACGCUCUCCGACGUGCACGUGUUUUACACUGGUCGUGGCUUCCGCAUCGGCUUGGCGCUCGGCGCCCUUAGCCUUAUCGACCAUGCGUCCAAAGCAGAUAGCGACGAGCUUUUCAAAGCGGUGACGCUCAGCGACGCAGCGAUCUACGUCGAUGAAGACGCCAAAGAGACAGCGUACCACCUUCUGCCGUCGGUCUACGUACAUGCGUCAUUGCAUCAACCGACCAAGACGUCGCCCAUUGCUGUCGAGACGCACGUCACAAAGCUGCAGCUAACGCUUCCAUCUUCGUUUGUGUCGCUAUGGAGACAACAGGCCACGGCGCUGCAGUGCUAUACCCACGGCCUACGACACAAGGUCACCCGAUGGCGCCAUUUGCAUUGCAAGUCCACCCGCAGCCGCGCCCGCGUGCGCUGGCUGUACGCCAUCAACCAAGUGUUGAGCCUCCUUCGACCCCAAGUGCAUGUACCGCCGUCGACCUUGAUCAUGGCCAGCUAUGCGCAUCUCUACGGGUCGUGGCUCCAGCUCAUGCAGUCGCGCAACCCGAAAGCGUUGCGGCUUGUCGCUUGCUUGAACGUUUUAGAGCUGCAGCUGACGACCCAGGAGAUCUUCGAGUGCCAAGCGCAGGCCCAAGGUGCCCGUCAGAGCCCUGCACUUCGGAACGAGCUACCUACCAAGACGACCUAUCAGGUCGCUUGGACGUGGGCUCUUGACGAGAUCGUGCUUUCUGCUACGUGGGGCGGUCUGUGCGUCGCCAACAUGUGGCACCGGCUGACUGCGACCGGCACCAGCGAGGUGUCGAGCCACUUUCUGCUCCUCAGUGCAGAGAUGGAGGUCGACGUCCGUUGCGUCACCGCCUCGGUGAUUCAAAAGGACACCGUCGUGCUCCUUCAGCUCCAACCUGGCGCAGAUGUCGAUACGAUGCUGUCGCUUUCGUUGCAGGUGACGUCGGCAGCGUCGUCGUUGCACGUCACACUGACAUCUCUGGACAUGACGUGCCACGAAACAUUGCCUUCGUGUCUAAGCACGCUCCAGCUGCUCGAUCCGGAUCUGCCUUUUCGUUUACGACCCCCACCGUCAGACGUCGCAAGCGCAUGGGCCGUCGGGUGCUCCGUGCAGACGGGCGCCCUGCGCGUCAUCCUGCCCACCGAUGUUGUCGAGGUAUAUGUGACCGACUGGUACCUUCACGCCAACGCCGUGACGCACGAGGCGCAUCACCGCGUUCAGUGUGCACAUGUCGCACUGCGCCACGGCGACAAGGCAUCGCCUGUCGUGGCGCUGGAGGCCGUCGACAUGUCGUACGGUGGCACCAGCGUCAAAAUUGUCGUGGCCUCCCUGGGUGUCUACGUGACGCGCAGCUUGGUGCAGCUUCUGGAGCGCUAUGAGCCGUUGCAGGCCGCCUCGCCGUCGGCAUCGCCAGCAGCGCUGACACGCACGCGCAUCGUCAACGUAACGGUGACGCAUGGCGCGUUCCACGUGCUUCUUCCGCUCUUUAUGGGUCUCGAGACGACCACUGGCGACGUGACGGAGCUCUUUGCAGUCAUACCUGCUGAAGCCAUGCUGCUGCACGUGGCUUGGGAAGCGCUGCAGGGAGCGCUCUGGUCGGAAGGCUGCGACGCGCGGUACGAAGCUAGCCUCGACACACUAACGCUGGCACUUCUGGGGCGCGACGUCUUUCGACUGGCGCCACUACCGCCAAGCGAGCCGGGUGCAUCCUGCACAUUGCACGACUCGGUCCACGCACCACGUCGAUGCAGUCUGCGCACCCAACGCCUCGAGGCAUCGUUCGAGCCCGAACGUCUCUGCGAUGCCAUGGGGUAUGCGAAAGCAUACUGCGAUUUGCUUCCCGCGACGGCGACGCCAAGCCCUGCCACGAAGACGACCGAGAUGGAGCUCGCGUGGCACUUGGAGCAGUCGACCAUCCGUCUCACACAAGAGGGCGGCUGCCUCAGUACGAUCAUGCUCUUUGGCACGAGCAUCCGACAGCACACCGCGACGGUCGCCAUGACGGUCGAGCGCUUCACGGUGCAAGACAGCACAGCGUAUGGCAGUCUCCACCGCUACUUUAUCGUCCCCAUGGAGUGCGCCUGCGCCACGAACGCGAUUGCGCCGAUGCUCGACAUGACGCGCUCCGAGACCGAGCUCGUCAUCGCGAUGCACGGUCUCCAGCUCACGUGUCUCUACCGCUUCUACCUCGAGUGCUGGAACUAUGUGUUUGAGCCCACCGGUGCCGUGGCGGUGCUGCAGCGUGCCAUCCAACUGUACUUCCCAUCCGACCCGUCGGCCGAAAUACCGCCCGCCACCCGGAGUUGCAAGAGCCUGCGCAUGACCCACGCCGCGCUCGUCUUUCCGCGCAAUAGCGAGUCGGACGACCGACUGGCGCUUGUUAUGGACGAGCUCCUCAUGCAGCGGUCCUACGUGGAUGCGCCAUGGACGUACUUUGCCGGGCUCCAUGCACCGUCGACGCUAUGGCCUGCGCGGUCGCUGGCUGGGCACCUUCAACGCGACAUCCUCGAGAUGCGUCAAUGCCGCGCCUACUGCGCCGACGCCGAAAAAGUGUGCGAGCGCUACUGGUCGUUUGCCUUUGGGACCUUCUCGGCGACGACACCGUCUGGCGCGACACCCGACGCGACGUGUGCCCCGCGCAUUCUUGCGAACGGGCGCGUUUUCCAAGCGAUGAGUCCGGACUUGCGCUGGUCGCUCGUGAGCCUCGAACCCACGACCAUCCACUUUGUGCGCGACACGCAUGGCUCGUCGACGCGGGACCUCUACGUCUUCUCGCCGUCCUUGCGACUCGAGAUGGACGUCACCGAGUGGAGCAUUCUACUCAGUCUCUGGUUUGACAACAUGGGCGAGUACGCCAAAUUCCCGCGCGCAUUCGAGCAGCACAUCGCGCCAACGACAGAGUACGACGGCGGGCCACACCCGUGCCACGCGCCGUUCGACGCCACCGCGCACUUAAACGCGAUCGUCGACGCGCGGUCGUCAACGCCGUGGGAAGUCGGCGUGGUGUGUCCGCGCUGGGAGCUCCAGUUUGAGCUCAAAGAAGAUGCGCUCGCACUCGUCUUGUCGCCGCUGGUGGUGACCGUGACGGGCAGCUACGAGUCGACGUUCUUGACGACGGCCGUGGUUGCCGGCAGCGUCCGCUUGACCAAGCUCGCGACGAUCGCCGAGCCGCUGAUUGCCAUCACAUCGUUUGCACCGUUCACGCCCGCGAUCCCCGAUCGCUGGAGCCCGUUUCGCGCACCGGACGCCGGUCCCCUCCGAUCCCACGCGUUUCACUUGACGUCCAUUCGCUUCCCGUAUGGCUACACCAUGCUAGGCAUCGCACUCGACGUCGUCGAGCUUCCCAUUGUGAGCGACCCCACGAGUCUCACGUAUACGCUCGAGUACUUUUCGACCUUCUUUUACGACCCGGCGUUUGGGUACCCGUGGCCCAGCACCGAGAUGGAUGCAGAUACGAGCGGCGACAUGUGCGUCGGCGCCUUCUUGACGACGACCGGGGACGAGCUCGACGAGGACGCGCCAGAUCUAUGGUACUCGCUCCACGCAACGGCCGCGGCCGUCACGGCGACCGUCACGGCAACGGCCAAGACGCUGGUGGUCACCACGGUCCCGGGUGCAACCGUCAUUAGUGUUCACAGCGCCUGGAAUGCAUCGACGUCGAGCUUGCACGUGCAAUUACACGGCAUCGAGGCGUACUUUCUCGAGGCCGCGAAACGCCGGACCGUCAUGACGCCGACGGGGCUCGACUGGCACUACAGCUCAAGCCUCGACACGGCGCAGACGUCACAUACCGUGGACAUCCAGCGCUACGACCCCAUGUUUCCCGGUGCGCCUGAGCUCACAGUGUAUGUCUAUGGUCUUCCAAGUGACAUUGCAUUUGUGCAAGCGGUCGUCGCCACAUAUGCGCGCCUGACGGACGCCUCGGACGAUGACGACGAUGACGAUGACAACGAUGACAAUGACAAUGAUGAAACACACAGCGUCGGGUCGUCGACGACCGCCGCAUUCGAGACCAUCGAGUCGAUCGCCGUGACACUGCCACCCCGAGUCUGCUUCAUGCUGCUCGAUGACGCGCUGCAGUUUCAAAAGCCGCUGCUGCUGUCCUUUCUGACUAACGCGUCGUUGAACGUGCUUCGGUUUACAGACAAUGACGACGCGACUGCUGUGGCGCUGGAAAAGUCGCACUCCAAGCUGAUGGAGCCCACCGCGGGCAACAUGCCGACAACGUACAUCAAGCUCACACUGGGCUGCGCCAUCGACGUCUUCAACAAUAUUGUGCGGGGAUGGGAGCCGCUCGUCGAGCGGUUCGAGCUCAAAAUCCUCGCCGAAGACGGUCCUUGCCGCGGCGCCGGCCUCUGGAUCUCGAGCACCGACUCGAUCCAAAUCAACAUCACCGAGUACUGUCUCAAUUUAGCGCUCGAGCUCUGUCACGACACGACGCAAGCUCCGUCGUCGACCUCUGGCGUCGUGAAUCGAACGGGUCGCGUCGUUCGGUAUUUCCAGCCGCAGCCCGAAGCGCACCUCGUCACGUACGUCGGGCCAGCCAUGACCGGGGCUCUCCACUCGCCUCCAAUCGUGAGCGUCCUCUACGAGGACCGCAUGCUUGAGACGACGGUGGAAAAUCAAAACUACCUCCGCGUUCUCUUCCUCAACUAUGACGCGCCGCUCGAGCCGCUGCGUCACGCCCUCGCGUCCAAUGCCGCCGCGCUCACAUACGACAUGUCGCUUCAGCUCCGCGGGUUUCGCUGGUUGCACCAUGUGGACGUAAGCCAAAGCGGCACGUUUCUCUUCGAUCUGAUUCCGGACGACGACGACGUCAGUGCGCUCGUGGCGGCAAGCCCGUCGAUCCGGGCCGCCUUGCGCUGCGUCGUCGGCAUCACAAAGACGCGGUAUGGCCAAACCGUCGCCGUCCAGAGCCAAUUGGAGCUCGUCAAUGCCACGUCCUUUGUGCUUGGCAUUCGACUCGGCAACAGCAAGCAUGUAAAGGAGCCACUCGGGCGAGCGCCCGCCACCGCGACGUCACUACAGCCGUCGCAAGUCUACUACGUGCCCCUGCAGCCACUGUUUGAGUACGCCGACGCGUCGCGCGGCAAGCACAUUGGGCACCUCUACCUCAUGCACGUGCCGCAUGGCACAACGGGUAGCGUCACCGCUAUCGAAGGCGAUGGCAUCGACCUCCUCCACCUGAUGACCGAUGCCAAGGCGUCGUAUAUCUACUCGUGCAGCCCGAAAGUGCACUUGUGCAUUGAAAUGGCCGAGCGGUCGCCCCUCGUUGAGCGGCGCAGUCGGUGGAGUCUCUUUGCCAAAGACGACACUAGUACGACGCCGAAAUCUGGCUCCCACCUCACACGCCUCGUGCUGCACGCACCGUUGACACUCGAGAAUGCGCUGUGUGUCAACAUCGUCUGCUGCAUCUACCGCCUCGUCGUCCAUCAUGGGAAGGCGACAAAGGACAUUGUCUGGGAAGGCUCGAUCAAGGUCGGCGGUGUCGCCUACAUCUAUUCUUCGACGAUGCAAGACGUGCUCUACGGCAGUGUCCUGCUCCCCGGUCUCCACCACCGCAAGGUCGACGUGGUCUUGGAACUCAACGACAAGCGAUCGCGCACGACGACGCGGUCGCUCAAACUCAAGAUUGAGCACCUUGUGGGGGGCGGCGGACAGCGAGCGAUUGUGCUCUAUGCGCCCUACUGGCUCGUCAACUACACGCCCGCGGGUGCCGAAGACCGGCGCCGGACCUUGGACGAGCGCUGGAUGUGGAAGUGUCUUCUGCGGGACUUGCAUUGUGCGUCGUUUUUGGCCGAGUCCGAGCAAGAUGAGACGUGUACGCACGUUGAGACAGCUACGACUGGCGAGCUCUGCGGCUGUCCGUCGCCAGCCUCGGCGGCCUUGGACGAUGUCUCGGCGUUUGCCAACAGUCUCUGCAUCAAGUGCCCAAAAUACGCCUGGUCCAAGGGCUUCUCCCUCGAGGCACUCGGCAUCGACCAAGUCGUCGAGCUCAAGAAUUCAUCGGGCGUGAUUCCCAUCAGCGCGCCUACACGCCCCCUCGCGCUCUACGAUGCCCACGACAAUCUCAACAUGACGAUGGCGCCCAACGACGCCCAGCCGUACCACCCGUCGUCCAAGGUCCCCGUCAAGAAGCGGGCGCUCGUGAGUGCGCAGUACAUGCUUGCCAAGCAAGCGCCGCGGUACCGGUCGGGCAAGUUUGGCAUUGCCACCACGGGUCCCUUGGACGUGACGGUCGCGAGUCUCAUUGACACGCCAGCGUCACCAACGUCGCGCCGGGAGGCCAAGCAAGGCGUUGCAGAGACAAAAGCCGUCGACGGCGAAAUGAUCACCGUGCGGCAACAUGGCAUGUCCAUGGACGUCGUGCGCGUGCACUCGCGCUUUGUCGGGUCGACGGUCCUGACGGUCUUUCGCCCCUUGGCGUCUCGGGCCGAAAUCGCCUACCGCAUCGAAAACCAAACCUCGAGCCACCUUUUAUUCUACCGCCAAGCCGGCGUCGACGGGCCGCGGAACGCAUGGCAGGUGCUUCGCCCCGGCGCCGCCGCACUCUUUACGUGGCCCGAGCCCAUGGCGCCACACCAGUUGAAUGUGUCGCUUCGCAACGACGACGCCCGCGCGGUGACGCGGCCCAAGCACUUUUUGCUCUCGCCGCGGGGGCCGAAGAAGGACGUGCGGUAUGCCGACCCGCCCAAGACCUUUGGACGCACGAUCGUCGGCGAGCGGCGCGGGCUUGGUCUCGACGACAUCGACACGGUUGCACUCGACGUGCUCAAUCUGCAAGUCGCGAUUCCAAAACCGUCGCCGCGGCCGUCCGAGGAACUCACGAUCGCCUACGAUGCGAAACUCUCGUCGGGCCUGUCGCACCUCAACUUUCCCACAACCUCCAUGUUUCAAAAACCCAAGCGCGCGGUGAGCUACGCGCGCGUCGACGGCGACGGCAUGACGCGCGUGCUCCGACUUCGUGAGAGCGCGACCCUUGACGACGAGCGCACGUACUUUCUCAAGGAAGAGGUUCGCAUGCAGCAGAUGCUGCUGUCGUUGCUUGCGCUUCAGCACACGCGUGCGUUCGAGGCGCUGCAAGCCCCGACGCUGCCACGGCGCCGCAGUGUAGAGCUCGAGGCGGUCGAGACGACCCGGUCGUCGGCGCACCAUCGGACACGAUCCAGUCGGCGCAAUAGCUUUAGCGGACUCGCCGAGCUCUCGGCCGCCUUGGAAGCAGAGCCGAAAGAGCCGUCCUCGAUCUUCAAUUCGACGACCGAGCCGUCGACGUCGACAUCGCGCUUUGUUUCGGCGGUCGCGCCGCGGCCGUCCAUGAGUGCAGACCCUGACCCGCUCUUGCACCAGCUCCAUGCCCGCAUUGCACUGUACAUGUCUCGUCCCAUUUUUGAGAUGGUCGACCAAGUGCUCGUCACGGUCGUCUCGGCCACGGGCUUGCAGGCUUCGGUGGCAUCCGAUUUGUGUCACCCGUACGUCGCCGUGUCGCUCAGCGCACCGGGCAGCAGUAGUAAGCGCAAGGCGGGUGCCCAAAAGACCUACUACAUUGAACGCUGCCACGAGCCGAGCUGGUUCGAGCAAACAUUCCUCUUCGAUCUCGACGGAGCAGAGAAUGCGUUGAUCGAACUCGACGUCUUGUCGUACCACGCCUUGUCGGCCCACCCCGUGCUCGGCACGGCUACGUUGCCUCUCCGGGAUUUUGACGAAACGAGCACCGCCGUUACUCUGCCGCUGCUUCACGACUCGAUGAAGGCAGCCAAGAGGGCGACGGUGGUGACCGUGGGUAGUAUUGAUGUCCACAUCGCAGUCUGUCGCUCGACGCGCGGACUGCUUACGCAUUGGUACGAGCGGCUCAAGACGCAGACCCGGACGACGAGCGAAGGUCUUGUGUACCGCAAGCUCCAUACAAGCGCCGAGACCAAGCCGUCGAGCAAGCAAGAAAUGACCGAGAAGGCCAAGCAGCUGCUGCUCAAGAAGAAGGACAAGCUUGUGGCCCAUAAAAAUCGCCUGAAAGUCAAGUGGCACGAACAGCUGCACAACUUGCAGCACCGCCACAUGAACGACACGCUACAGACGCUCAAGGUCGCGGCCGAGACGCGUAUUUUGCGCCGGCUCCGCAAGUCGACCAAACCCACACCGAUUGGCAGCCUCCAGCGGGUCAAACGUCUCUUCUCCAACAAAGACGGGGAAGCGAUCGCGUCGUCGUCACCUACGCACGCCGCCCGGGGUGCGCAUCCAUCGCGCAACGUGAAGCAAGUCGACGCUGCGUCGAUUGAUCACGUCACCGAGGUCAAAUCGCAAUUCGAGCGGCUCGUCAGGCGCGGCGGCACACUUCGCGUGGUGGUUCUUGAAGGUCGAGGGUUCGCUGGCAAAGGUGACCGGGUGCGCUGCAAGUUCACGUCCGAAGGUGCUACGUUCAAGACCAACAAAAUCAAAGGGGACGACACCAUGCUGUGGAAGCCAAACACGUUCGAGAUGUCAUUGCGACGACAGCGCGGCGUCGUCACCGUCAUCGCGCUCAACGCCGGCACGGCCAGUGGCGAGGUGCUUCUUGGCAUGCUGCACUUGUCGAUUGAAGCGAUCAUCGAUUUCUGUGUGACCCGGGGCACGUCGCUCACGGGGUGGUUCCCUCUAUUGCAUCCGAAAGACACGACGUCGCUCGAGAUGGACCUCGAGCAGCUCGUGGGCACAGAGCGCAUUGGUGGCGGUCUGGGCUACUCGAUGCCGUCGACGUCGAGUCCGUGCUUGCGCCUCCAGCUCCAGUAUGAGCUCGCGCCCACCUCGUUUGUGGUCGGUACCAUGCUGCGCUACGCAAGCAUCCAUCUGCGCGAAGUCGCCUUGUCGCUUUCGGCGCAGGUGUACCCCAUCUUUUCGCUGGCCGCCGCGCCCCGCCUCGAGAUGCAAGAAGUGCUCCGCGUCUCGUUUGAUACAGUGGAUGCGUAUGCGCUCCAGUCGACAAAGCAGCGGCGCGUCGCGAUCGACAUCGACGGCUUCCAAGUCGACAACCAGCGCAGUUUCAGCCACCAAGUCGGUCUCCCCGUCGUGCUUUCCCGCGCAACCAUGACCCCGGACCCGCUCUUUCACGCGACCUUGGUGCAGCACCUCCAGGACAUUGACUUGACGUUCGACGAAGCCAUUUUGCGCACGCUCUACGACAUCCUCGACCGCCUCUACGACAAGCACGCCGCGCAUCUCUCGCCUCGGGCACCGCGUACGCCACGGAAUGUCUACAUUGCGCACCUGGAAGUGAGUCCGUUCCGCGCCAACAUCACCUUCCGCAAGUCGUACACGGCCGAGAGCAGUGCGUCUCUCCGGCAGCAUUUCAAGAGCUCGUUCACGCACUCGUUUGCAGCCGGGCUCGUCAACGUGGCCAAAAGCAUCGAGAAUGCGCCACUGCAAUUUUCGAGUCUCGUCAUCCAGCACGAAAUCACGGACGCGGCGCAUGUGCGCGACGUUGUGCUCGACCACUACACGACGAGCCUCUUGCGACAACUGUACAAGCUCGUCGGCGCUAUGAACUUUAUGGGCAAUCCCGUCGGGCUCGCGGCGAGUGUCCGCGAUGGCCUCACCGACUUUGUCGUUGCGCCGUACUUGGGCAUGGCACGCUUUGGAGCGCGGGGGCUCCUUGGGGGUAUGACCCGGGGCACGCUCUCCCUGGUCGGGCACACAGCGUUCGGUGUGCUCGACACCACGUCCCGCCUAACGACCGCCAUGGGCAAUUCGGUCAUGUCGCUCUCCCGCGAUCGCGUGUAUGCCGCCAAGCGCAAUUUCUUUGCCCUCGCCCGCCCGUCGUCCCGCAGGGAGCAACUCAAACUCAAUGUCAACAAGCUCCAACACGACAUGACCGGUGGCCUCCUCGGCGGCUUCACGGGUCUUCUCGUCGACCCGAUGCGUGGCGCGCAAAAUGGGCCGCGGGGGCUCGCUCUUGGUGUCGCGAACGGCCUCUCGGGCGUCGUCGUCAAGCCCGUCGUUGGCGCGAUCGACCUCACAACGCACGUCCUCGAAGGCCUUCGCGACGUGGCAGGCUUGACGUUUGACAGCAAGCAGAUCACGGACGAGCGUCGGCGGAAGCGCAUCGCGCACACCUUUGGUGGCGACGGCCGGCUCUUGCCCCACGACCCGGUCUGGAACUGGGCCAAGGCACUGCUCGUGUCGUUUGAUCCCAUCUCGACAACCGCGACACCGCGGGUCCACCUUCAAGUCGGCGACGUCUUUGAGAAAGGUCAAGUGCUCUGGGCGACCGCGUUCAAAAGUGCACCGGGCGAGUACCUCGUCGUGGUCGUCCGGAAAAGCGAAUUGCUCGCGGCCCACGUCUUGGCGGCGCACUGGCAGCAGCCGACACUCAAGUGGCGACUCGCAAAGGACUACGUCCAUGGCGUCGCACUGCACAAGUCGGGGGGCGCGACGCGUAUCGUGCUCUACGUGCACAAGCCGCCGAGCGCAGAGACCCAAGUGCACAUUAGUACCGUGCCCUGGGAAGACUCGCGCAACUUUGAGAACGACGAACGCAAGCUGCUCGACUUGUUCAAUUUUCUCAGUCGGUCCUACCACGUCGUGGGCGGCAAACCGAUGGCCCAAGACGUGGUCUCGCCGCUGCAGAAGUUUGCGUUCGAGCGCCUGCUCGGGACGCAAGAGAUGCUCAAGACCCAGUACUGCCUGCACGCGGCCGACAAGGACGCGCUCGCAUCGACACCGUGGGCCACCUCGGACGGCGACGAAGCACGACGGCCGCUGUGGAAGUCGAUUAAGCAGCACGAAGAACGGGACGCGACCCAAGUCGACAUGACGUAG